AUGAAACCAAAUCCUCAUCGUCGAAACAAGAGAAAUAAUAUUCGUUCUGGUUCACCGAAUACAAAUAAUACAACACCACUUCAACAAGUUCAAGACGUACAUACACCGAUUUCUCAACCAGUAAAAAUAGCAUCACGUGAUGCCAUUACUACGGAUGAUUCAAAUAAUACAAUGUUACUUCAGUCGGUCGUAAAAUCAAUGACACCCGUUGCUCUACCAUUACAAAACCGAACAACUCAACCUGAUAUUACAGAACAUGUCAAUGAUACUGUAAUACUUCAGUCAAUCGAAAAUGUAGUAAGCCCAAUUGCUUUACAAACACAAGAAACAUCGAAUGAACAUAAUUGUACACAUAUUUAUUCAUCUGUAUCGCCUGUUGAACUUGAACCAAAAACUGUUCACGUGAUUUCAACAUGUGGCCUAAGACCUAAUGUAGAUCCUCAAACAAUUAAUCAAGAUUUCGAAAAAUUACAAAUCGAACCAUUGGUAAUGUCUAUUUCUUCAUCACCACCACCGCUGCCAUCUUUAAAGCAAGCAAUUACAACAACUCAGGCGUACGGUUACAAUAUGUUUUAUGUAGUCGACGAUAAUUACGGUGAUGUAAUUGCUGCUGAAGAUUUUGUUUAUGGUGAAAAAGACCAAAUGGAUAUCGCUGACGUCCGUCUUGAGAGUUUAGAUGAAGAGGAUGCCGAUUUCAUAAGAAAAAUGCAAGACGACAACAAUAAAAUGAUAGCCGGUUGGAAUGAAGAGGUGAAUAAACUCGAAAAUCACCUCAAACAAUUAAGAAAAGAAACGAACACGGUAAACAAACAAUUAAAGGAAGCCACUACGAAAAGACAAAAUGAAACACUGAAGCUGCACAAAAAAUUAAAUGAGACAAUAGCAAUGUUGAAGUCGAAAAAAUCACGUGUUCAUUCGAAAAAGCCUCUCAAACGACCAGGAAUGAAAAUCAUAAAUGUACUUCACCGUAAAUGA